AUGUUCGUUAUCGAUUACUACUACACCCUUCAAGUCUCAGAUUAUUUGAGAAUCUCAUCUGACGAACAGAAACUUACCGUAUUUACUCAAAAUUAUUCAAAACCCUCUUUCAAUGUGAUGUCGAGAAUUCCCAAUCGAGACUGGCGUAGAAGAGUGAGGAACGGAACACACACUGCGUCAUCGACCGCCACCAACGGUGAGGACGAACAGCCUUCGAACACGGAAGAUGUUUCACCCAACUAUCGAUUCUAUUGUCAGUUGGCCCACGGAAGCCCCACAGGGAUUAUCGAAGGAUUUAGGACAGUUCGUGAACUACAUGCGAAAAUUGCAGAGUGUUUUGACCUGGACGUGUCUGAUAUAAUGUAUUGUACACUGAAUACCCACAAAGUCGACGUAGACAAAGUGAUUGGUCACGAAAUUGGGAUCAACGACUUCCUGUUCGCCCACGUGCGAGGACAGCCUAAAGAAAUAACCAUUCGAAAGGAAAGUGAUUCGUUUGGAAUGACAGUCAGUGAUACAGGUUGUGGUGUGGUCUUUAUCAAACGAAUUCAACCCGGCGGACAAAUGGCCCACAAAUCUGACUGCUGUGGUGGAAUGAUCCUAGUUGGAGAUCAGAUAGAACGGAUCAACAAUAUUUCUUUCAUAGGCCGUCGCCACUAUGAAGUCGCAGCUUACAUGAGGAGUAUUCCUGUUGGCAACAACUAUGUGUUACGAAUAGUCUCCCCAUUGAAAUCACCAAUAUAUGCAUUGAAUUCACGGUAUUCUUCGAACUGCUACGCGAAUUAUUUUGGUUCGGGAAAACGUACGAUCAGACUCCACACAAACGGUGGGAUUCGAGAACACAUGGUUAUCGGACAGGAGCUGGAAAAUAUCCAACGUGUAAACUCAUUAUUGGGAUAUACGUUAGGAUUCGAGGAUGAUCGCUUGGCAUGCUUGAUUUAUACCACGGCAAUCCAAUCGGAAACGCCACGUGCCUUGGCAGACGCGCUUUGUCAAGAGCAGCUUAUGUUCAGUAUACCUUCUGGAGUCCUGUAUGAAGCCUGGAACUUAGUGAAUCAGCCAUACACGACAGUGGCUGAACCCAUGGACAAUCUCUACAGUCUCGCAUGGCGUUUGAAGCGAAGGCCGUGAUCCGCGCACACAGAUUCAAUUCUGGAAAGCUGUUCAAAGUCAACUUUAAACCUGAGUGUAUAAAAGCCAAUAAUAAAUACUCGCUCCUUGCUCAAUGUCACCCACUUUUCCAUCACUAACUGAACUGGAGGACAAGGAGUACGAGGAAUCUUUAAAAAGAAGUUCCAGUAAAUCAUGGUAGAAAGACAAACCUAGGCCGUUUCGUUACUUCGCAUUUCCAUCACCCGUGACAAGCAUUUACGGUGCCAAUUUUUACGGUAAUAAGCGCACAAACAACCAGAAUUCAUGACUAUGUGAUUCGUCAAAUACAUUUUGUGGUAGUCAUAUAGUUGUGGUCCGUAGACCACAAUUAUAUACAUCCAAACGCCAGUGGUCGUAAGCUUUCAUCGUAGAACAUCUCAACUCCGGGAACCGGAAAAAACUUCGUCCAUAUCAUCGUGGUCCCCAUUUAAUAUCACCGAGUCCAUGGAAUUGACGUUUGAGUUGACCAGGUUCAGCCCAUGCGGAGUCAAGGUAAGAAUCCUCGUCGUUUGCCUCCAACUUCUUCCAUUCUUCCUGUUUCUUGUAAUAAUAAGACAUCAUAGCCCUCUGAUCAUCCUCACUCACAACAGGCUCUCUGGCUGGGGCUCCGGCACCACGCCUAGAAAGUUUAGCUACAAUUUUCGUCUUCUCGUUUCGUCCAACGUAGUCCGAUAGCUGUUUACCGCGAAGCAUUUCCUUGCCGGAGAACCACAACGUACCCUCUUCCAUAGGGAUGACUUCUUUUGCCGCCUA